AUGUCUACACAGCAGCAAUCGAUGGCAACUCCAUGCAAGGUUGUGCCCGCAAGCAAAAUAGCCCAGAAGUAUCUCAAAGAUGUCGAACAACUCACUUCAAAGUUGGAUAAACCACUUACAUUAGUGGGAUUAUUAGCUAACGAUGAUCCAGCAGCCAAAUUGUACGCAAACUGGACCGGGAAAACCGCCAGCAAGCUUGGAUUCAACUACAAGUUGGUGGAAAUCCCGCAGAAGGACCAAUUGGAGGAGGAAAUCUACCAGGCAAACAGAGAUGAUAACGUUGACGGUAUGAUUGUAUACUUCCCGGUUUUUGGUGACAGGCAGGACCAGUAUCUACAGCAGUGUGUUUCCAUAGACAAGGAUGUGGAGGGCCUCAACUUCCAGUACAUCUCGAAUAUGUACCACAACGUGAGGUUUUUAGAUAGCGACCACAAGAAAAAAUCCAUUUUGCCAUGCACUCCUUUGGCAGUGGUGAAGAUUUUGGAGUAUUUGGGAGUGUACAACAAUCUGUUGGACUAUGGCGAUAGGCUCUACGGAAAAACAGUCACCAUUAUCAACAGAUCGGAGAUUGUCGGCCGGCCAUUAGCCGCACUUUUGGCAAAUGAUGGUGCCACAGUGUAUUCUGUCGAUAUUAACGAUAUUCAGAUAUACGAGAGGGGCGACGGACUCCGUUUGAAGCAGCAUCAGGUGAAAGAAUGCACCAAGAGUCUCGAGGAAUGUGCCAAGAGCUCUGAUAUCAUCAUUACAGGAGUUCCAUCCAAGGACUACAAGUUCCCUACAGAGUACAUAAAGAGAGGAGCUGUUCUUGUGAAUUUCUCGAGUGAGAAGAACUUCGAUGGCGAGGCCGUGAAACAGGUUGCCUCCAUGUACGUUCCUAUGAUUGGCAAGGUCACAAUUGCCAUGCUUCUUAGGAAUUUGCUUAGGUUAAGAAUUAACAAGUAUGGAUCGCUAGAAAAGCCUAGUGAGGCCAAGAACGAUGACAAUGGGGAAGAGGAGAAGUCCGAGAAUUAG